AUUAAGAUUUUUAUGUUUCAUUAGAAAUUAAAUAUGUUGAUAUUCCUUAGUCCUCAGCUUUUGCUUUGAUUAUUUCCCAAGUGAGUGUAUUUGCCGAUUCUGUAGCAACAUUUUUUGGAUAUUAAUUUGCAUGAUUUGAAUAAAACGGAUUAUAUCUAGCAAAAGAUAGCUCACAUCUAAAACAUCAAAUGGCUUGUUACUUAUAAUUCUUGACUAUAAUAGUGUUUAUAAAGCAGAGAACCAAACAUGCCAUUACUGAGUCUAUUGUUUCCAUGCUACAGUCUGGUGGUUGCUUUCACAGCAGAGGGUUGUAUGAGAAGCUCUACUGACAAUUCAACUGUCAGCAAAAUGAAGUACAAUGUUAAUAACCAAACGAUUCCAGAAAACCAUAGACUAGGUUGUACAUAUAACGAAACACAAACAUUGGCCUGUUUAAAUGGAGGAUCAUGCUUUGCUGUAGAAGUAGGAGACAGAAUAGUGCAAUGUGCAUGUUAUACUAAAUAUGUUGGCAUACGGUGUGAGAUGAUAGAUCCGGAAAUGAUAUUUGGUCCAUCUGAAAAAGAAAAAGACGUCAGAAUUGGACUCAUAUCAGGUGCUACAGCAUACCUCAUCUUAAUUCUUAUUGCUGUGCUGGUAGUUUUAUACUGUAGAAAGAUUAAAAAGAGAAGGAAGGAGACGUCCACUCUUAGUACAGCGAAUUAUAAAUCAGAUGGAGACAAAGUCAAAGGUUAUACUGGAAAGGUUAAAUCAGAAGUAACUUUUAACCUGAUAGAAAAAAUGAGUGAUAAACCAGAACUGGGGAAUGACACUUAAAGAGUAACGGUUUUGAAAUAAAAUUGAUUUGUAUA